GUUUGUUCAUUCAAAGAAAUAUGGAAAAGCUUUCUCUGUGCAUCACAGUAUUCUUAUUAUUUAAGGAAUCUUUGUCGGGUGCAUCAAAAGAGGGAUAUUACGGUAUUUUCCCUCAAACCAUUUCCCUGGAUGACUAUGGAGCAAAAUGUUCUGUGACUUACACCAACAAAGAAAAAGGAUUUGUUCCAUCCAUGUGGUUUGUCGAUGGAGUUCCAAUUCUCUCUGAAAAUUACAAAACUGAAUUGAAUGUAGCUCUGCGUAGAUACCAAAGUAGCAGUGAUGUCAGUCGGAAGGACUAUCUCCGGGCAUGCAAGCAUUGUGGAGUUGUACCUCUAUCGGUCUUUUUACGCCAGCUUGGAGAAAGAAAUAUGUCUCUGAGGUUUCAGCUUCUUCCAAAAAACGCCAUCAAGUCCUGUGCAAUCGCUUUACUUAGGAAUUCACGUAUCCAGUCGUUGGAUCUAGAAGGCUGUCAGAUAGGGUUGUACGGUGCCCAGUAUAUGUUCGAUCUACUACAUAGGAAAACUAAUAUUACAGAAGUCAAUUUAAGCGGCAACAAACUUGGAACGGAGGGAUUACGGUGGAUUGUCCGCCUCUUCCAUUCAAACCAUCACAUUAAAUCAAUUAAUCUCUCAAAUAAUCAGUUUGAGGAUACCGAUGCUGUCUAUAUUUCUGAGAUUUUACACGGUGACAACAUUGUUCAUGAGCUCAAUCUUAGCCACAACAAUUUCUCCGUGGAAAGCGGCGUGGUCAUAGGCAGUGCCUUAGGUUGUAAUGACACGAUUAAGAUACUAAAUCUUAGUUGGAACCAUAUUCGAGGAAAGGGAGCACACGCAAUAGGUCUUGGUUUACAGAGAAAUUCAACGAUCAAAAUCCUGAAUGUAUCCUGGAAUGGCUUUGAUAUUGUUGGUUGUCAUGGUCUGGCACAUGGUCUGGAGAAAAACAACACUUUGGCAGACUUAGACAUAAGCAGUAACAGAAUUGGUGUAAUGGCUGUCAGUAAGCUUAUGGAAGGAUUGAAACGAAAUUCGUCCCUUGAGAUUCUUAGGAUCGGAAACAAUCCUCUAACAGCUCAGGGACCAUUACUUGUACUACAUAGCAUGAAAUAUAUCCCACACAUCAAGUAUAUCGACUUUGGUUUACAACCAGUUGACAUGGACUUUGUGACUACUUUGGUUUCCUUCCAGAAGAGUCGCGAUCUACACGCCACCUAUGGCAAAGUCUGUCUAAAGCCAGUCUCUGAAGACGAAGAUCCCACCAUGUAUAUUCGGGGAGACCCCGUCAAUAUUAUGUUUGAAUUUAUCAGGAUGAAAGAAAUAGAUGUCCUAGACUUAUUUAUCACUUUUGACACAGAUGGUAGCCAUUCUGUCACGUGGGAUGAGUUUAAAGAAGGUGUACAGUUCAGCAAGAUCCCAGUCAGAUUGCGUGAUUUGGACGUCAUAAUAAAAAGAAUUGAUAUUAAUUUAGACGGCGAAAUAAACUUCUCUGAAUUAAUGAUUGCGCAGAAGGAACAUAAUUUACGAGUAAGGAAGCUGAUGGAUAAGGGAGAGCGGGUAUUUUUACAAAGUGACAUUGGUCAAGUACACCAAGAACUUCUCACAUGGUUUGAAGACAAGGGAGUUUUUCUUAAAAAGUACACUGCUUUGAAUUUACCGAAAGAGAAAAAUGGCGAGAAUAAAGACACAUGAAGUGAAAGAUGAAUGAAUUCGUAGAUUUCUCGCUUUGCUUACGCAAAAUUUUAUUUUGUUGUUAUUUAAAUACUUUAGUAGUGGUUAAAAUGAUAUGACAGUGCUACAUGUGCUACUGGUGUACAUGUUUUUAGUUAUUUGAAAUUUUAAUAAAGAAAUAUUAUACAUGA